CAGCCGUAACUCCACUGAGGGGACGUGGAAACCGCUGAAGCUACUUUUUACUCAUCACUUUACGGUUAUUUAGCGGUCUGUGAGGUCGUUUUGGUCCACUUUAGUCAGUUUUCCUGGAGAUAGAAUGAGCGAGCAACCAGCCAGUGUGGAGAAUAAAGUUAGAAAAUGUCUCCUGAGCAACUGGGUCGAAGAGAGAGCCACUGCAUGUAUUGACACUGAGGAGACAAAGAUGCACGUCCAGAGACAUGGACACAAAGGGAUCCUCACUGUGGACCAAGAGUCUAAAAUGGAGUCUAUGACUACACUGAAAGCAGCUUAUGCAGCUCCGAAAAGUCCAGGGGUGAGGUUACGGGGCAUCAGAGGCGAGCUUUUGGAAAAACACAUUGCCCAGAUGAUAAGCGAGAAGCUUCAUGCUGAACGGAAUCCACCGAUACCCAAAACAGAAUACUGCUCCACAACCCAGACGGAUUUCUGUGUCGAGGGAUUUGUGCCUUCUACACCCAAAACAACACAAACACAUGAUUAUAAAACUGACCAGGCCAUCUCAUUUUGGAGUGAAAAUUACCAGCGGGUACAGGGUGUAACCGCCGCUCAGACCUCUCGAGCACCUUUCAGAAAGUCAACCAAGUUCAGCACUCCCAUCAGCGAGCGGCUGGAUGAACCCGAGCUCCCAGCUGACGACUGAGACAAGCUCAUCUCACAGCAACUCUGACAUCUGUGAACGGAAAACAAACACAUUAUUUACUGCAGUGAAGAACAGCGAAGCAACAACAUAUCGAAUGUAUAUAGACUUAUGCAAACUGCCAGUUUUCUGCUGCUGCUCCUGCAAAUAUUCACUGAAACAUGUAAAUAUCAAAACCACAUGGGAAUAGCUUGGGUGAGUAAAUUUGUAUGGAAAAUUAAGCACCAGAUGUCAUUUUCAGGUUUACUUUAGCUAUAAAUUUGUACUAAGCUGUAUGAACUGAAUGUUUAAACAUCACCAAAUUAAAGCGCAUUGCACCACACAAACUAGCCCUCGUGUAC